AUGCUCUCCUCCACCCUCUCCCUUCUUACCCUCACAACCCUCGCCCAGGCGCAUCUGGCCGCAUGGGCCCCAGGCAUGUAUUGCCGCAACGGCAGCAACCCGGAUUCCGACAACCAAAACAACAACCUACCCGUCGGACCCCUCUACGACCUACCGCAGUCAUCAUGGUGGUUCCAAGCUGACCGUGGCUGCGACAAGCUUCCUCCGCCCGCCGGCGAGUUCCUCUCCAUCCCGGCCGGCGGCGCCUUCACCGUCGAGAUCGCCAACAACCGCGCCUUCACAACGCUGAGCUACGACGGCGUGAUGGCCAGCGAGUGGCCGGACGGCGCCGAGCAUCCCGAGGACUGGGCGGGCGAGUGGGAUGGAAAGGAGUGUCUGCCGGAUGGCGGGUUCAUGCAUGCGCAGAACCGCAGCAUGGCGGCGGGGACGGCGUGGGCGAUUGCGUAUGAGAGUGAUGUGGCGAAGGUGGGGAUGGAGGAUUUGGUGGUGUUUUCGGUGCUGGAGCAGUAUAUGCAGCCAUACAGAUGCAACGUUACUGGAGCUACUUCAGACAGAAAGCUGGCCAAGGCGAAACCUCCUGUGAUGUGUGAGUACGACAGCUCAAAGUGCGUUGCGGGUGCAAAGCAGAUUAUCGCGUGGAAUCAGCAGUCCGGCAACAACAUCAAAGUUCAGCAAGGCGAAUCACCUGCUUAUAGCGAAAAAUGUGGCUGGAAGCCCGGCGCGCAGGACGAUAUCUUUGUCGUCUCUUGA